AUCUGACAAACAAAACCCAAGAACAUAUUAUUCCUGGAUCCCAGUCAAUACAAUUGAAAGCAAUCCUGUUAUUUCAGCAGAGGCAGAGGGACUUGCCGGAAAAGCACUUGUUUAUGUAGGGAGAAGUAACUUACUUAAAUACAGAAAUAUACUGAAAUCCAUGGGAACAUUUCUCCCAUAGAAGGGGUAUUUUCUCCACAUUAGUAUUACUUCUAAUGUCAUGGACCCAGUUUUAAGCUAAAAAAAAAAUCUACAAAAAUAUCAUGUAGCGUGUGCAGACAUAGCAGAACACAGCUGGGCUUAUUAAUUUCAGCUGCUAAAGCAAAGCUCAACAGAAAAUGAAGUCCAUGUAACAUCAGUAACAGAGCUCCCUGAUUAGCUGGUAUCAUGUUCAGAGCAUCUUUAGUCUCAGUAUUGUAAUUUACUUUCUCAAAGAACCCAGUCUUUCUCUUCCUGUUACAUCUAAGAGGGCACUGCUGACAUUUAUCACUUUACCAUAUUUCUUUUAAUAAAUAUUUGGAAUAAACGUAAAUACUGAUACUGCAUUUUCCAAACAAAAGGAAUCCUAUAUUCCCAUUUACCUGCAACAGCUUCGUUACAUUCGCCUAUAUCACCCUACACUGCCCAGGGAGAACGAGCCUUUGUUAGUUCUGGAAGAACAGAUUCCAAUUUGUGAUGUGAGUUUCCAAAUUUUACAUCCUGCUGAACAUGAGUCACAGCAGUACAACAAAGAACAAAUAGUUUGCUGUGCAGAAAGCUAAAAAAUGCCAAAUAUAUACCAGCUUCCCCACAUUCUGAUCCAUGCAACUCUGUAUUUGCGAUUCCAGUAUUUCUCAGGGGGAUAACACAGUCUGUUACAGCAGUUAGAAAUAGUAGUUACUGGCUUAUUUUGCUCUUUUACAUUGGAAUUUUGUACCUUUAAACACUUUUAAAAGUAAUAAAUCAAAAAGUAAUUUUGAAAGCAAGUUGGGUUUUUUUUUUGCACAGGGAUCACUGGAAAAAGAAAGAAAUCAGAAGCCCUAUCCACAGCUCUGAGUGUUUCUGACAAGCUGACGAAGAAGCUUGUGUUGCUGUGAAUAACUGCACAUUUUCCUCUGCAGAGGCUAUAAAACAUCAGCAGGCCAGAACAUACAUAAUGAAACUUCUACAGAAAUCUGAGACCCAAAACUGAGUGGCACAGAAACAUGACAGAAUCAACUGAAAUGACAGUUUGCUCUAACCUAAAAACCACGGCAUUUAAUAAAGAGAUAAAUAAUGUAUUUCAAAGCAAUGGUAUCUGUAAUCACAAACUCCCUUGCUGCAUUUCCACAGUCUGAACCAGCAGCCCCUCAGCAGAGGUGACUCCAAACCUGCAGGGAGAGUUGGAGACUUUGGUUCUGUCUGAGCUGCUCCCUGAGCCUCAGCUGUCUCCUAACAGUUCUGCCACUACCUAAACAUCUAAACCUGGGAAUUCGGGACAAAAUGUGUCUGAUCUAAAAACCCUAGAACUAUUUCCCAACUCUAAUUUUAAUUUGUCAUUUAGGUCUUACAUAUUAGGCUAUCAUUCUGGUAUACUUUGGAUAAACAGCUCCUAUUUUUUUAAGCUGCUUGCCCAGAACAUCAGGAAAUUUCUGAAACAGUAUUUUCAUUUCCUUCUAAGCUGAUUAAAACUCCAGGUAAAUAUCUUGCUCAAAACCUAUUCUUGUAUAACAAGUUAGGCAUUAAGCUGCUCAAACUUGACAAGCAACACUUUAAGACAUUUAAUUUUUUCAACAUCAGCAUUUCCAUGGAAGCACAUACACUAGGUAGAUUCUCAGAAGGAACUCAUCCUUGCUUAUCUGAAUGUCUCAGUUUACUACAAGGUAUUUCUGAAUUUCAAAUUCUAGGACAUAAUCUUAUGCAGCUGCUGGAUUUGGCUGUGCUGUAUUAGACCCUUUAAUUCAUUUAAUGGUCUGACAGCACAUGUAUAGACACAGAGCUUGAAACUUUAACACAUAAGCGAAAAAGUACACAGUAAAUGAACACAUUUAAUACUAAAAGAAAUGCAGAAAACAGACUGCAGCAGAAUACAUGGCUACAAUGUAGACUGCAUUGCAAAGUUCUUUUCAAAGUUUUGAAAGAUUCAUUUAAGUAAUAUGAAUUUCAGGGGGAAAAUGUGCUGCCAUGGGAAAAAAUCCCCAGCCAUUCAUUAUUUCAGUUACUCUGUAGGGUCUUUAAAAUUCCCAAGAACUAAAAUGUUAUUCACUUUCUUGGACUAUUAAGUACCUAUUAUACACUGUGAAAAAACAGCAAAAUACUGGACUUGUACUAUGGAACCACAUGCCAUGAAGUCUCUUUCCCUCAAUCUGUAAAUAGUAAAUGCAAAAGUAUUGAAAAGUAAGUUAGGAGAUGCAAAGAGGUUUUAAACUUCAGACAAUUAAUUCAGCUCAUCCUUGUCAAGUUAGAAACCACACACAGAACAGUAUCCCAUGUGCUUCCCAUGACGCAUGUGAACAUUUAGCCUAAUGAACUACCAAAUCUGAGCACUGUCCAAAUGAUUACUAUUUUAUAUGUCUGAAACUACUGAAGAAAAACACACAACCAGCUCUGGAGAAAAGUGAUACUUUUUCCUAACAUUUCUUUUUACUCUUUAAACCAAAGUUGCAGUUUCAGCAGAGAAAUAUCAAUAAAACUAUUAAGCUUUCUGUUAGAUAAAAAUACUUACUAGUAGGCACAAAAAUAUCUAUUACUGCAAACUAAGAGAAGAAAGUAUUUAAAAAAAGAAAUCCUCAAACUUAUGUGCUCCCUCCAUUUAUGCAGGGUAAGAAAGGAUUUUUAGUACGUGUUAAAUGUGUUUUCUUCCCCUUCUGGAAGCAGGGCUUGCAAUACAACCAUCAGACAAACAAAAAGUUACCAAACAUUUAAGCAGAAUUCCUAGCUCUAGCUCCUGACUUCAUGUACAUCAUGGUUUGAAGCUUGCAACCACUGGACUUAGUGAAGCUAAGAAACAAAGACUUGACAGGUUUCUGAGGCUGAGCAGACACCGUUUGUUAUAGUAAUAUUAAAGCCAGUAACAGAACUCAGAAAAGGGACCUGACACAAAAGUCACCUUAUCAUUUGUAAUGUGAAUGCAAAGGAAGCAGCACAGCUCUGCUUCUCCUUUGGGAUCACUGUGUCAGGAUUGCCAAAUGCACUUAAACUUGGACUUAGCAGGAACCGCAGGGUAAUUAACUUUCCCUACUCUUACUGUAUUUCUCUUUGUAAUUAUCCAAAGGCCACUGUAGAAAGGCUAUCCAAAGACUUGCAAAAGGGCUCUGGAAAGGAAAACAAGAUCAAUAGCUGAGAAAGGAAGAGUGAUCUGCUUCAAAAAGCAAACAAACUAUAAAAAAAUGAAGUUUGUUUUUUUUUUUUCCCUUAUUUAAGUGCUACCUUUGUCUAUAAUCCCAAACAUUUAAAGCUAAAAACAAGGUCUCAAAAAACACUCCUGGGUCUUUAUAACUGCACUUUAAUUCUUUAGAGUUAAAAGAAAUUCCUAGUUUUCUCUGAAGGAUCAAUGAAACAUUUUGGUAUGGUAUUUAUAAUGACAACACACCUGAUACUACAGCAUUAUUUGGAUAAAGAUGUUCUCAAAGAUACAAAAUUAGUGUGACAACCAUUCUAAACAUUCAUCUCAAGGUAACUAAAUAGGAUCAUGUAUGCAGAGCAAACAGUGUUCUAAGCUUGUCUUACAAAUUCAAAGUCACUUGAAAGAGUAAUUUUCGAUGUUUGCAACAAUAUCUAAUCUCCUGCCUUCUGCAUAACACUCAUGUCCAAAAAUAGUCUUAAAAAUCCAUUUUUCAAGUCUACUGAAAAUGUGUAUAUAUAAACUUGAAAAAUGGGUGUAUAUAUGAAUCAGUAUGCAUUAUACUAUUUAACAAAUUAUAUGUAUCUAUAUUAAAGGCAAAGGCGGACCAGAAAAGCUUAUAUAAUCCAAAUUCCAACAUUUAUAUAAAUAAUUUUGUCGCCCUACUUCCCUUCCAGGAAGGUAUUCUGAAAGCACUCCAUGUUCUAUAACCUCGCGCAGGUAAUUGCAGUGAGCACAGACCUGAGCAGUCAACUGAUAAUGGAGUAUAACACAGAAUCUAAGCACAACAUUGUAUCUGAAAACUUACCCACUGCAACAACUCCUUUACUAAAUCCUGUACCUAAAUUUUAGUUUGCUGCUCAAAACAGCCAGCAAAUUUAAUGGAAACCAACUCCAAGCAAGAGAUUCCAAAGGCUUGGCUACAUACACACAAGCAUGGCAAACCCAUCAGUUUAGGCAGUUCAAAAGUCCAGGAGCCUUAGCUGUGCUUCUGAUUUAAUGACUUUAUCUUUUAUCUGUUCAACAGGCUCCUGACAGUCAUCACACCAGCUUUAAAAUGAAGCUACUGAAGUGGACUUUGGGUGUCCUGCUGUUCCUGCUGCUGUCCAUCGGGCGCUGUGCGGAACAAUCCACGCUGAGCAAGACGCCCCAGCAGAGGCAGCCUCGUUCAGCAGAUGAGGGAGAGGAAGGGAAGAAAUGUGGUUACACCUUCCUGGUCCCAGAACAAAAAAUCACGGGGCCGAUCUGCGUGAACACGAAUGGCCCGAGCACUGGGAACAGGAAAGAUGAAGUCACCAGGAUGGACAUCGAGAACCUGAAGGAUGUGCUGUCCAAGCAGAAGCGGGAGAUCGACAUUUUGCAGUUGGUGGUGGAUGUGGACGGAAACAUUGUGAACGAAGUCAAACUGCUGAGGAAAGAAAGCCGGAACAUGAACUCGCGCGUGACCCAACUGUACAUGCAACUCCUGCACGAGAUAAUUCGGAAACGCGACAACUCACUUGAGCUUUCCCAGCUGGAAAACAAAGUCCUUAAUGUUACAACAGAAAUGCUGAAGAUGGCAACAAAAUACAAGGAGCUUGAGGUAAAAUACGCAGCGCUAACCAACCUGGUAAACAACCAGUCGGUGACUAUCUCGCUGCUGGAGGAGCAGUGCCUGAGGAUCUUCUCGCGCCAGGACCCGCACGGGUCCCCGCCCCUGGUGCAGGUGGUGCCGCAGCACAUCCCCAACAGCCAGGCCUACACCCCCGUCCUGCUGGGAGGCAACGAGAUCCAGCGAGACCCAGGCUACCCCCGGGACAGAGACGUACGGCCCCCACCUGACCCCGCCACUUCUCCCACCAAGAGUCCUUUCAGACUACCACCUCUGGCUUUGAUUAACGAAGGUCCAUUCAAAGACUGCCAACAUGCCAGGGAAGCUGGGCACACCAACAGUGGCAUCUACAUGAUCAAACCCAAAAACAGCAACGAGCCAAUGCAACUCUGGUGUGAGAACAGCCUGGACCCUGGUGGAUGGGCAGUUAUCCAGAAGAGGACAGAUGGAUCUGUCAACUUUUUCAGGAACUGGGACAGUUACAAGAAAGGAUUUGGAAACAUUGAUGGAGAGUACUGGCUGGGACUGGAAAACACGUACAUGCUCACCAAUCAGGAUAAUUACAGACUCUUGAUUGAGCUGGAGGACUGGAGCAACAAGAAGGUCUAUGCAGAGUACAGCAGCUUCCGCCUGGAGCCCGAGAGUGAAUUCUACCGGCUGCGCCUGGGCACGUACCAGGGCAACGCCGGGGACUCCAUGAUAUGGCACAAUGGAAAGCAAUUCACAACACUGGACAGGGACAGGGACAUGUAUUCAGGAAACUGUGCUCAUUUCCACAAGGGCGGCUGGUGGUACAACGCGUGUGCCCACUCCAACCUCAACGGGGUCUGGUACCGAGGGGGCCACUACAGGAGCAAGUACCAGGAUGGAAUAUUUUGGGCUGAGUACCGGGGGGGUUCCUACUCCUUGAAAGCAGUUCAGAUGAUGAUCAGACCUAUAGACUGAGGAGGAAAAUCCCACAGUGCUCCCAUAGAAAAUUCUCAGUGUUUGAGCUCCAGAAAAAUAAAAUAUUACUUUUUAAUCAUUAUUUUGCACAAUUUGCCCCUGCAAAAAGCAGGUCUCCAGUUUUCCUGUCUUCUUCCCCCCAUCAUGUUCCCUUCUCCUUUAUUAGGAUCCUUCUCUACUGUGACAGACAGUUGUUUUUUUUAAACACACAUUCACAAAAGCAGAUGUUUAUGCUUGCAAAGCAUAUUUAUCUUCUUUUCAAGAUCAACAUGCUUGAUGUAAAACAGUCAAAACUGGUAAAAAAUUUCAGAUAUUUGACAAGAUAUAAGCUUUUCUGGUUCAAAAAGCUUAUGCUUUUUCAGGUUAGCUCAACUCUUAAAUGUAAAUAUGUGAAAUUACAUUGUCUUGCUUUAAUGUGAAAAUUGAUUAGUUAUUUAACAAUUUAUUUAAAAAUGUUGGUAUUACUUUUGAUGAAAAAUCUGACUUCACAUACUGUUUGAUAUUUACUCCAAGAACCUACAUAAAAAAUUGGAGACAUUUUAGCUUAGCCAGCAGAGAAAGAUUUUUGCAACAAAUAAUUAUUUCAAAUGAAGAGGCAAAUUAAAUAUAAAAUUUCUUAGGGAAUUCUCUACACUGCUAAGAUCUGCAAGUCCUACCUUCGGUAAAGAUUUAGGCACAAUGUUACCUAUGUAAGAAAAUUAAUUGCAUGAAAUUAUUGAUAAACUUGAGACAACCAAAUUACUUGGUAUUUUUUAACUUUUAACCUCCAUGUUCAAGCUUUCUAAUUAAACUUAGAGCUUAAAUGGGAAAACUGAAAUCCUGGUAUUAAAAUCAUGACUUGACAAUUCCCUGCUCCAAUUAGGAGUGGUGAGGGCUGACCAAGUAUUCACACAUAGUUAUCAAGAUAAGUCUCUGAAUAUUAGAAGUUUUUCUCUAACACAGCUUUCUGCUCCCACAGUAAAACAAAGGUUAGAAAUCAGCUCUGAGAGUGCUCAUCCCAAACUUGGGCUGCUCUUAUGACACAUUUGCCUUUCCUUACACCUAUAUAACUUUUGAUACUGUGUAUACUAAAUUUUAGCUUCUAGAUACCAUAUUUCCACUGGAAUUAAAAUGUAAUUUAAGAAACUAAUUAGAAAAUACUUUCCCAACAUUUAACAAAAACUAUGCACGCUAAUUCAAAACAAGAUAUUUCCAAAAUAAGAUACAACCAAACAUUCACUUUAGGUAUCAGAAUCUCUGAACUAAAGCCUUCUUCCUGUUAUAUAAAAUUAUUUAAUAACUGCACUUAUAGCCAUACAGGUUGCCUAAUUUAAUUUUAUAUUAUGUAAAACUGAAUAUACUGUUCUGAAUUGUAACCAAUGUGUUUGUUUAGCAACUCAUAUGUGCCUUCAGGAUUUUAAGGAACUUUGUCCCUAUUUAAAGUAAGAAACCAUAAUAGCUAUAAGAAUAAUCUAGUAUUAUUGUUAUGUUAAAUUAGACAAUAUCAAUUACUAUGCAAAGCCUCUUAUGCAAUUCAGAGGAGAAAAAAACAGCAUUUUACUUUCAGAACACACUUUCUGGAGUAGAGAUAAAGCUUCAUUGAUAAUGUACGGGUGCAAGGCUUGUAGUUAAAUCUUUGGUCAGAGAUCAAAGCAAACGAGUUCCUCCAAUAUUUAAUUGGGGUUGGCAGUGGUGGAGAAUCAGUCCCAGCAUAUUCCAUUCCCAAAUUCCAAGAAUUUUAACUGACACAAAUGUUUAUGAUUACAAUUCUGAAAUUGUUCUUCAUAAAAGGAAUAUUUGUUUGUUACAAAUAUCAGACCUCAUUGAUUGAGGUCUCAUUUGAUCCUGCAAAACAUUUUCUAAUUGCAAACGCAAAUGCUUAAAAUUCAGACUCUCUAUAGUCUGUCCUUUUUUCUCUAUGGUAGCUGGAUAGAAGAGCAGUUCAGGUAAACUUAAAAAAGAGGAAAAUGCACUCCAAAACAUUCCUUUAAUGAUCACUUCUGACAGCUUUUAGUUCAUUCAACAGGCAGAUUUCCUGUCCUUGGCAGAGAGUGUAUUUUACCCCAAGAAUCUCUUGCCUGCUACGAAAACAGUGUUUGCUUAUUCAGUGCACUCAGUGAAAGGUGUACUUUGCAGAAACCCUAAAGUAAAAUUAGCCUGCACUCAGCCUUUCAAUUGAAUCUUAUAUAUUAGACAUUUAAAAAAUGAGCCUUCCCCAAUUUAAAGCUGCAGGAUGACAUUAACUAAACAUUACAAAAUCCACUCAGAAACCUCAGACUGUGCUCUGAAAGGGAAGAGUUAAUUAAGCUGCAGAUUUAAGAUUAUGAGGAAUGAAAACAUAGCAUGUCUUUUUCAGGUUGGUUCAUACUCUGUACAGUAAUUCACUUUCAAAUGCUUGUGACUCUAUUCGUUUGUAGCUUUUGGGCUGAAUUUUCUAAGCAGGGUGAAUGACUUAAAAAGUUCAAUGUUUUCUCUCACACUUUUUCUUUUGAAAGAUUUUCAAGACAGGUUGUAGCAUCCCUCAGGCUUCUUGCCCUGGGCAUUCAAAAGCAGUCUGUCUGGGAAGGAUAAACCCUUCACCAUUCCUCUACCAUCAGUCCAAAUUUAACCAGGCAGACCUCAAGAAAGUUCAAAACUUGUACAAGACCUGAAACAUCUAUUUUCAUCUAUUUCACAUCUAUUUCCAAAAUCUACUGCAAGCACUAUCACUGAAGCAGCUGAAUAUUCCUCAGAUGAAUAAUUAAUAACCUGUUUUCAGCUUUUCUCUUUCUGGAUAUCACUCCUCAAAGACAGCUAUAAGAAAAGUAUCUCACAAGGUAGUACUGCUUAGUUAAAUAAAAAUCUUAC